AUGACCGAAGCAAUGGGCUCCGAUUCCCCACCGCUUGAAGUAUUCAAGCCGAAUUUCAACCCCAGGAAGUCGACGCCGCCCCCAUUUGAAAGUCAAGAGCAGUCAUCGCAGCACGAUGACGCCAAAUUUGAGAGUAAGAAUCCCCCUAGAUCUGGGAAAAUCGAGCUCCGUGUUGGGCAACAAGCGGCCGAUGAUGUCCUAUGGCGAAAUUCAGAUCCUCACGGCUUUUGGAGGUCUGCAAACAACUCAUUUAGUCAAGGAGAUGCUUCCAAGGGUCACCAAAACCCGGGCGACUUGAAAAGGCUCUCCUCUGAAGCACUUGAGAGGCUUGAAGGACCACAGGGACGUGUGAUUCUCCCACCUGUGGGGGAACAGCCGAACCCAUCAAACAAACACCGUAAACUCCUGAUCGACCAAUUCACGCUACCGGCGCUUCAAGACCCGUCAACAGGCCAUUCGCCCAAUGCUUCCAACACAAAAUUACCGCCCAUUCACACCCAACUCGGGCCUGUAUUACCGCCACCGCCCACCGGACCCCCUACACACACUACACGGGCACCGUCAUUCUCGCUACCUCCCGUCACCGCCAUCUCCCCGCCUAUGCCGAGGGUUGAACCCAGCCCUCGGGACCAUUAUCGCGUGCCAUUACCCCAGUCAAAGAUACCACCUACUCCGUAUUCACAUCCCUCGCCUGUAAGCUUGCAAGCUGCGUCUGUUGCGUCGUCGCCGGUCUCACAGCAGCCUUGUUGGCGAGGCGCCAAACCACUCGGGCCUUAUCCAUACGACUCGCAAUCUAUAGCCUCCAACAGGAGCCCAGCGGCAAGUUAUCCGACGCCGAUUGAUCAUGCCUCGGCAUGUGAUCCUGGAAGCUUCACGCCUUCGUCGCAAGGCAACGUGGCAACUGCUCCGACAGGUACAUUCAAAUGCUCACAUCCUGGAUGUUCAGCAGCCCCCUUCCAAACGCAGUAUCUACUAAAUUCACAUGCGAAUGUCCACUCGCAAGAUAGACCUCACUUCUGCCCAAUUGAAGGUUGCCCACGUGGUCCUGGGGGGAAGGGGUUCAAACGGAAGAAUGAGAUGAUUCGCCACGGGCUUGUCCAUAACUCCCCCGGAUACGUAUGUCCAUUCUGUCCAGACCAGCAACAUAAAUACCCGCGGCCCGAUAAUCUCCAGCGGCAUGUGAGGGUCCAUCAUGUGGACAAGCAUAAAGAUGACCCGGCUCUCCGACACGUUCUCUCACAACGACCAGAGGGAAACGGCCGAGGGCGACGACGUCGAAUAAAUCCUCAAUAG